UAGACCCAAGCCCACCAUAGUCAAUUUCUCCUUUCAUUGGCGUCAAGAAGGUAAGAAAAUUUUCAGCCAGAGCUCUAAUGGCGGACGACCAGUUAGGGAAGACAUUUCCUGUGAAAUCUCGGUUAAAACCCACUCCAAAGAAACCCUCCUCAUCUCUAGAAUCUAAGUACUGGAGAUCCUUCAAGACCCAACAAAUCCCAGGCCUAGUUUCCGCUAUCACCUCCAUUGAUUUCUCUCCUGACCCGCCACACGACUUUGCUUCCACAUUCUCAGCCUCUGUAACCCUCUACAACUCCCGAACUCUCGAAUCCAAAUUCAAGAUCACCUCCUUCAGCGACGUCGCUUACUCCGCCACUUUUCGUUCCGACGGUAAACUUCUGGCAGCUGGCGGCGAGUCUGGUAUCGUCCAAGUCUUCGAUGCGAAAUCAAAAUCUGAUCUCCACCGCAAGCUUCGCGGCCACACUCGCCCCGUUCGUCUCGUUCGAUACCCUCGAUUCGAUAAGCUCCAUUUGUUCUCUGGUGGCGAUGAUUCACUUGUUAAGUACUGGGAUGUCGCGUCUGAGACCGAGCUCCUUAGUCUCCAAGGCCACAAGGAUUAUGUGCGUAGUGGGUUCGCUUCGCCAGCGAGUUCGGACAUGUUUGCUACUGGGUCUUAUGAUCACACGGUGAGGGUUUGGGAUAUUAGAGUUUCUUCUUUGAAUUCAGUUAUGGAGGUUAAUCAUGGAAAGCCUGUUGAAGAUGUUGUUUUUCUUCCUUCUGGGGGUUUAUUAGCGACUGCUGGUGGGAAUUCUGUUAAAAUCUGGGAUGUAAUGGCAGGUGGGAAGCUUGUUCACACUGUUGAGAGUCAUAAUAAAACUGUUACUUCUCUUUGUGUUGGUAAGAUAGGAAGGGAUGGAGGUGAGGAGUCUCAGAAAUAUAGGCUUUUCAGUGUGUCUUUGGAUGGGUUUUUGAAGGUUUUCGAUUACUCGGCUUUGAAGAUCACCCACUCGAUGAGGUAUCCGGCGCCACUUCUGUCAGUUGGGUUUUCACUAGAUUGUUCUGUUAGAGCUAUUGGUACUUCUAAUGGUAUACUUUUUGUUGGAAAGAGGAAGAAAGAACAAACUGAAAUUGAUGCUCCUGGAGCUGAUAAAUUGUUUGGUAUUAGGUCAGUGGAGGAACCGGAAAACCGGGUUUUGAAACCUACAAAUUUUCGGUACUUCCAUCGAGGCCAGUUUGAAAAGCCCUCUGAGGGGGAUUACUUGGUUAAGAGACUGCCUAAGGUGAAAUUGGCUGAACAUGAUAAGCUGUUGAGGAAGUUCAGGCAUAAGGAAGCACUAGUAUCUGUUUUGAAUGGGAAGAACCCUCAAAAUGUGGUGGCGGUUAUGGAGGAGUUGGUGGCUAGAAAGAAACUGUUGAAAUGUGUUUCGAAUCUGGACAUGGAGGAGCUUGGGUUGCUCUUGGGGUUCCUGCAGAGGUACGUGACAAUGCCACGGUUCUCGGGGUUCUUGAUGAGCUUGACAAAGAAGGUUGUUGAGUUGCGUGCAGAAGAUGUCAGGACUUCGGAUCUCUUGAAAGAUCAUGUUAGGAACCUCAAGAGAUCAGUUGAGGAGGAGAUCAGGAUUCAACAAUCAAUGCAAGAGAUACAAGGCAUUGUUUCUCCCUUAAUGAUGAUUGCCGGCCGAAGAUAAAUGUAACAGAUAUUCCCAUCCUUCUAUUAUAAGGUUAAGGUAUUUUCUAUUCCUGUGAAUCACAAGGAGGGAGAGAAGUUGUACGAUGUUGGUUUUCAUCAACAUCUGUGUUUUUGUCAACAAUUUUUUUUCA